AUGAAUGAACGCGACAGUAUCGCUCCUUCCGAACCACAGUCGAGAACUCAGCAGUCGGCUGUCGACUCCUCCUUGCGUCCUUUGAGCCCUUCUCCGUCGUCAUUACAUCAUCAUCCACUUAGAUCGAUGAACCUUUCUCCACCGUUGUUACGUGGUUCUUCGUCAUCGGCUCAUGUGGACCUUCAUCGCCUACUUCGUGAGUGUUUCAGUAACUUCUUGGAGCUACCUCUUUCUCCGGGUGUUGUUUCCUCUACUAGUUCGGCUGAUGGAGACUACCAAAAUACUUUAGACCUCAAAGACGAGUAUACUGCUGAUGAAUUGAAAAAGAUUUCAAAAUGUACUAAACUUACCGAGAUGAAAUCUGAUCCUAAGAAAGUCAGAGGAAUCUUGGCAAACAGAGAAGCAGCUGCACAUUCAAAGAAGAGGAAGUCACAGUACCUUCUUGACUUGGAACACCAAGUAAAUUUUCUUGAGAAGGAUAUCACUUUGAUGCAAGAAAAAGAGAUGCUUUUGGAGAAUGCUAAAAGCAUGCUGAUUGAUGAGAAGAAGGAGUUCAUGAUUCGACUUGAAUCGUUGGAGCAACAAGCAAAACUUCAUGACGAAAUCAAAAGUCCAAAGGCGACGACAACGUUGAACGAACAAUUGAGUGUGGAAGCACAACGGCUGAAGGAAGUAUUAGCAUCAAACGAACAACUGAGUGUAGAAGUCCAGCGGCUAAAGAUGGCAAUAGGUGAUGUGAUGCAUAACGACGGCUAUCAAAUUGACCCAAACAUCUUGCAACAACUCACCAUUAAUGAGUCCGAUCAGCCACAGACAAGCAAGCAGCUCUGA